UUUAUUUAAUUUCCUGUCAGCUCUCUCUCCCCCAUUUGCAUCCGCCAUUUUCCCUUCAAUUGCUUAGACAAAAUUGCUUAGAUCCGAUUUUUUUUCCCUCUCUCUCAACCUGUCAAUCACGUUUUCGAUUGCGUGCGGUGGCAUCAACAAUCACCGAUUCAAUUUUCCCUAAAUCAAUCCGCACCGUCAAUUUUCCGUGAAUCAAUCCGCACCGACACCUCCAAUCAUUGUAUGGCGGCGUCACGGCGGCUCCGGGAGCUCCAAUCGCAAUCCGGCAACAAGAUCUGCGUCGAUUGCUCCCAGAAGAACCCGCAAUGGGCGUCGGUCUCCUACGGCAUCUUCAUGUGCCUCGAGUGCUCCGGCAAGCACCGCGGCCUCGGCGUCCACAUCUCCUUCGUCCGAUCCGUCACCAUGGACUCCUGGUCCGAGAUCCAGCUGAAGAAGAUGGAGCUCGGCGGCAACGACAAAUUCAACAGCUUCGCCUCGCAGUACGGGAUCCCCAAGGAGACCGACAUCGUCGCCAAGUACAACACCAAGGCCGCCGCCGUCUACCGCGAUCGGAUCCAAGCCCUAGCCGAGGGCAAGCCGUGGCGCGAUCCCCCAAUUGUGAAGGAAUCGCUCGAUUCCAAUCGGAACGGGCACAGUAGUAGUAAGCCCCCUUUGAGCGGAGGCAACGGCAAUGGCAAUUCCGGGUGGGAUGAUUGGGAUAGCUUCGACGACGGAGGGAAUGGUAAUAAUAUCAGGAGGAAUAACACGGUUGGGGAUUUCAGGAGCGGGGGGAGCGGCGGCAGCACGCCGUCGCGGUCGAAGUCGUCGGAGAAUAUGUAUUCGCGGGCGGAGCUGGAGGCGUCUGCGGCGAAUAAGGGGGAUUUCUUUGCGAGGAAGAUUUCGGAGAAUCAGUCGAGGCCGGAGGGGCUCCCGCCCUCGCAAGGUGGGAAGUAUGUGGGGUUUGGAUCCACUCCGUCGCCGGCGCCUGUGAGGAACAACGGCGGCGAUGGGGAUGUGCUUUCGGUUGUUACUCAGGGAUUUGGCAUGUUGUCAAUGGUGGCUGCAUCGGCAGCGCAGUCGGCCGUGAAUGUUGUGCAAGCUGGAACUAAGGAGAUCUCUUCCAAGGUAAGAGAUGGGGGUUAUGAUCACAAGGUGAAUGAAACUGUCAAUGUUGUUACCGCAAAGACAUCGGAGAUAGGGCAGAAAACAUGGGGGAUGUUUAAAGGGGUGAUGGCUCUGGCCUCCCAGAAGGUUGAGGAGUAUACAAAAGAAGGCUCGGGCUCGGGAUUUGGCUCUGGUUCUGGUUCUGGCUGGCCACGGAAUGAUACCGAAAACAAUGGUUAUCAUCAGGAUUUUGGACAGGGGGCUAAGGGAUACAAUUCUUCAGUUGGAGUGCAAUCAUCAUCGAGUCAGCAGUUUAACAAAGUUAGCUCUGGUUCAUGGGAUGAUUGGGAUGCCAAAGACAGCAAGAAAGAGGAGUCACCAAAGGGGACGACCUUCCAGAAUGGAGAUAGCUGGGCCGGCUGGGGGGACGACGGAAAAGAUGAUGGAUUUGAUGAUUUUUAUCAGAGUGCGCCUGCGCCCGAUAAGAAGACAGGGGGUUAUAAUGGGAAGUCGGACAGCAACUGGUCCGAGGGUGGGUUUAUAUGAGGUAAGAAUAUCUCAUUCCUCUCCCCCCCGUUUGUUUGGUUUUUCAUAUUAUUCACUAUAAACCAUCUGUGGUGGGUUUGUGGAUGAAAAUGGUCUAUAAUUGUAAAACUUCCUGUAGUGUACCUGCAGUGCCCAAGAUACUGUACGGAUCACUUAUUUGUGUUACAAGGACAAAAAUUUUCCAAUUCUAAGAUUUAUUUUAGACUGCAUUUAUGAUAGUUGGGUCUGUACUUAUAAUGAUUUAUGCUAGCUACAUUGAAUUCUAUAUAUCUUGCUUUAUUUCUCAA